AGCGCAUUCAAAACCCUUUUGAGCCCAUCAUCCAUCUAUCAAGCCAACAAGCGCAUUCAAAACCCUUUUGAGCCACAACCCCAACAAAUAGAAAAAACAAACACCCCCCAAUUAAUUUAAAACCUCUAAGCCCAACAACAAACAACACUACCUAGUUCAACUCCGAUGCAAACAUAGCUUACCUUACCUCCUUGUUAGUUGUUACCACUAUUACUACUACUACACUUGUUCCGGUUCCUAACUUCCCUUCCUUGUGUCUGUCUCAUUCUCUCAUCAAAAACCCUUCUUUGAAUAGGGCCCAUUACUCCAUAAUGGGCGACAAGGGAGGCACAACCAAGAAACAACAACUGCAACAACCUCAACCGAAGCAACCUCAAUCUCACCACCACCAUCAACAGCAACAACAACAAGCACAGCAAAUUUCAUCUUCUCCCAAAGCCUCACAUGAGGAACCCAUCACAGAAGUUAUUAGGCCAAUCCACCACCACCAUCAACAACAACUGUCACCAGUUGUGGUUGCAACUGGAGCACCCCCUUUCAUUCCAAGUCCUUUAUAUGUUUCAAGUGGUGCAAGUUGCUCACCCUUUGAGCCUCAGUUUGAGACACUGAACCCAAAGAGACCCAGAUACAGUGGACAAUGGAAGCAGCUUCUACCUUCCCCUCCUGCACAACAACAACAGUCCCAAAUGGCCAUGUUUCCCACCUCAGAAUCAAGCCCUUCACCCACCACACACACUUCAUCAAAUCCACUACAACAACAACCCCAAACACAAACAGCUUCUUCAUCAGACACUUCCUCAUCUCCAACACACUCUCUCCCAUUACUCUCAGGAGAAGGGACCAAUCAAGAGGGAGAGCAAGUUCACCAGCAACUCAGAAAAGGGAAAUACGUGAGCCCAGUUUGGAAGCCCAACGAGAUGCUGUGGCUUGCAAGAGCUUGGAAGGAACAAUACCAAGGUGGUGGUGGUGGAUCUGAUUCUUCUUCAAGAGCAGAACAACAACAACAAGCUGAAUUGGGAAUCACAAGAGGGAAAACUAGGGCUGAUAAAGAUAAAGAAGUGGCUGAGUUUCUAAAGAGACAUGGGGUGAAUAGGGAUGCUAAAACUGCAGGUACUAAAUGGGAUAACAUGUUGGGAGAGUUUCGGAAAGUGUACGAAUGGGAAAGAGGGGGUGAAAGAGAACAAAUUGGGAAGAGUUAUUUCAGGCUUUCACCUUAUGAGAGAAAGUUGCAUAGACUUCCAGCUUCUUUUGAUGAAGAUGUUUUUGACGAGCUUGCACAGUUCAUGGGGUCCAGAAUGAGAUCCUCUCAUGGCAGAGCUGUUUCCACUUUUGUGUCAAGAGAUGAAGCUAGAACAGCUCUUGCUUCUACAAGAGCUCUUCCACCACCUCCUCGACCUUUCAAAGAUGAUGAAACCCCUCUUUCAGCGAGGACAAAGCAAUUGACUUUAGCAAGUGGGGGUGAACCUUUCUUUCAUGGCUCAAGAGGGGGUUUAUUAGGGUUAGACUCUCUCUUAGACGUUUCGGGUUCUUCAUCAUCAUCCAAAGAACUCCGAAGAAUUGGGAAGAUAAGAAUGACAUGGGAGGAAUCAGUGACUUUGUGGGCAGAAGAAGGUGAAGUUCAUAGAGGGAGAGUGAAGCUUCAAUCUUCAAGCCUUCUGAACGCAGAUGAGCUCACUUGUUUUGAUGAUGCCAUGGUGCCAUGCCCCAUGGAAUAUUUCGAAGAUGGUCCACUGAAGGGUUUCUCUGUGGACAGAUUCGUUUCGGGUCAGCAAGUCAAAGUAUUUGGCAGAAGAAAGUCUUCUCCCGCCUCAGAUUCUUCUUCUUCUGCUGGUUUUGCUGAAAGAGUCCAACUUCCCUCCAAAGCACUUCCCAUAAGAUGCAUUGGUACAUUGAAUUUCCGAGACCCAACGGAUUACUACAUGGAAUGCCUCUUACGUGCAUCCCCGCAAACCCUCCCAAGCCUCUUGGAGCUAAAGCGCCACUUAAAAGAACCCCCACCCGAAGACCUACGAUUCCCUCUCCGAAGAGACAUGUACGAGGAUCUCCCCCAAGGGAAGGAACUCUUCUUCACGACAACACCCGAACCCUUGGACUGCAGAAACAUCAUGUACGACGUUGUGGGCCCCAUCAUCCGCCCCACCACCAUCUCCCUUGCCACUUCAUCGAGCCGCGACUCCUUCAUCCCCCUCUGGGACGAUUGCAUCAACAGAAUCAUCCAAAAAUUCUGCCCCGAACAACUCACCCUAAUCCGAAAACCCACGUCACCACCAUCUCAAUCCGAAUCCGAAUCCACGAAUAAUUCACAAUUACAAGAUCAAUGGCCCAACGUAACAGGUUUUGUUAACAACUAUUGCUUAUGGAGAGGCGAAGAAACGCACCAGUUAAAAGAUUCGCAACCCAACCCAUCAACCACUCUAGUCGCUAAAUUACUAUGGACCUACAUGGAUAUACCUUACAUACUGGGUUACUACGCAGUCGCCAAUACGGUGACGUUUUGCGCGAUGAGUAGGUCGCAGGAUGGAAUAAUCAACCGCACCGAUUUACUAGAUCUUAAUUUAAGCACCCCAACGGAAAGGUUAAAAGUUUUAGUUCCGUGUUUCCGGAUCGCCUUGUUGUUACCGUUGCUGAGUAAGCGUUGUAUGAGUAAUAUAAGUAACUGCAAGGGGUUUACUUACAGUGAUUUUGAGAGGGUUUGUUACGGUAAUGGGGUGGUGACGGAGGUGACGCCGAACACGUGCACGCGGGUGUUUUCGGAAAAACGGAAAUGGAUGGCGGUUAAGGAGGUUUAUGAGAUUUUGGAUCAUAGGAUUCCUCAUGCGGAGGUUCUUGUUGGGGUUUCGGAGAGGGAAUUGGGGUUGUCGUUUAAGCCGAGGGGGUGUCGUGUGAGACCUGGGAACUGGGAGGAGCUUGUGGAGGCGUUGAAGUACGUGACGAAGGCGCUUGUGGCGCUGCACGACUUGUCGUUUAUGCAUAGGGAUUUGAAGUGGGAGAAGGUGAUGAGGAGGAUGGACAGGGAGGAGGAGUGGUUCGUGUGUGGCUUCGAUGAGGCGGCGGGGGCGCCGGAGCUGAAGGGGUGGCGCGUGGUGGGUGCGCGUGAGGGGCACGCGCCGGAGAUGGAGAGAGGGUUGCAUGGGGUGAAGGUGGAUGUGUGGGGUGUUGGGAACUUGAUAAGGACGUGUGGGUUGGGAGGGGUGCCGAAGAUGCUCAGGGAGUUGCAGAGUCGGUGCAUGGAGCAGAACCCGGAGCAGAGGCCCACGGCGGCAGACUGCUACCACCACCUGCUACAGCUGCAGUCGUCGCUGUCAGCUGCCGCCGCCGCCGCCGCCGGGGGUGUCACCGUGCUGUGAUUGGUGAUGGAUGGAUGAGUCGUUGAGACUUGAGAAUAAUGCUGGGGUUUUUUCUAUGUUACAUUUGGCAUUGGAUAUUAUUGAAUUAA